CCAGCCCUGUGCCGUCCCCUCAGCCGGUGACGGGCCGUCCCUCACACCUGCCUGAGCGGGGCCAGGCCGGGGCGGGCCGGGGCUGGGGCGGGCGGAGAAAUCCCCUGCUCUCUUCAUGCUUCCGGCUAGUGACUCAGCCUGGCUCCGCUCGACACUGCCAUAAAUACGGGAUGUGCGGCAGAGGCCGGCACUUGGAGCUGCCAGCUCGAGCCCCGGGGAGCCAGCCCCGCCAGCCCAGCCCCGCCAUGCCGCUGCUGCCCCUGGCCCUGCUGGCCGCGCUCCUGGCCGCCGGCCGCGCCGCCAACCCUUGCUGCUCGAACCCCUGCCAGAACAGAGGCGUCUGCAUGACCGCUGGGCCGGAUCGCUACGAGUGCGACUGCACCAGGACGGGCUACUACGGGCAGAACUGCACAACACCGGAAUUCUUCACGUGGCUGAGGCUAGCACUGAAACCAUCACCAAACACUGUCCACUACAUCCUCACCCACUUCCAAGGAGUCUGGAAUAUCAUCAACAACAUUCCCUUCUUAAGGGACACUAUUAUGAGAUAUGUACUAACGUCAAGAUCACACUUGAUUGACAGCCCACCAACUUACAAUAGUGACUACACUUACAAAAGCUGGGAAGCUUAUUCCAAUCUUUCCUACUACACAAGAAGCCUUCCACCAGUAGGACUUGACUGCCCAACACCAAUGGGUGUUAAAGGUAAGAAAGAGCUCCCGGAUUCGAAGCUGAUCGUGGAGAAGUUUUUGCUGAGGAGAAAGUUUAUUCCCGACCCGCAAGGCACGAACGUGAUGUUCACGUUCUUUGCCCAGCACUUCACCCACCAGUUCUUCAAGACGGACCAGAAGCGGGGCCCUGCCUUCACCAGAGCGCUCGGCCACGGGGUUGACUUGAACCACAUUUAUGGAGAGACUCUGGAGAGACAACUUAAACUGAGGCUUCGAAAGGAUGGAAAGCUAAAAUACCAGAUGAUCGAUGGAGAAAUGUACCCGCCGACGGUGCGGGACACGCAGGCAGAGAUGCUGUACCCACCCCACGUGCCCGAGCACCUGCGCUUCUCCGUGGGGCAGGAGGUGUUCGGGCUGGUGCCAGGGCUGAUGAUGUACGCCACGAUCUGGCUGCGUGAGCACAACCGCGUCUGCGACGUGCUCAAGCACCAGCACCCCGAGUGGGAUGACGAGCAGCUCUUCCAGACCGCCCGGCUCAUUCUGAUCGGAGAGACGAUCAAGAUCGUUAUAGAGGACUAUGUGCAGCACCUGAGUGGGUACCACUUCAAGCUGAAGUUUGACCCCGAGCUGCUGUUCAACCAGAGGUUCCAGUACCAGAACCGCAUCGCAGCCGAGUUCAACACCCUGUACCACUGGCACCCACUGCUGCCCGAUACCUUCCAGAUCCACGACCAGGAGUACACCUUCCAGCAGUUCCUCUACAACAACUCCAUCAUGCUGGAGCAUGGACUAUCCCAUAUGGUCAAAUCUUUCUCCAAGCAAAGUGCUGGCAGGGUUGCUGGUGGGAAGAAUGUUCCUGCUGCAGUACAGAAAGUGGCAAAGGCCUCCAUUGACCAAAGCAGGCAGAUGAGGUACCAGUCCUUGAACGAGUACAGGAAACGCUUCAUGCUGAAACCAUUCCGAUCCUUCGAAGAGCUUACAGGAGAAAAAGAGAUGGCAGCAGAGCUGGAGGAGCUGUACGGGGACAUCGAUGCCAUGGAGCUGUACCCAGGCCUGCUGGUGGAGAAGCCCCGGCCCGGGGCCAUCUUUGGCGAGACCAUGGUGGAGAUGGGAGCGCCGUUCUCCCUGAAGGGGCUGAUGGGCAACGCCAUCUGCUCCCCCGAGUACUGGAAGCCCAGCACCUUCGGGGGCAAGGUGGGCUUCGACAUCGUCAACACGGCCUCUCUGCAGAAGCUCAUCUGCAACAACGUGAAGGGCUGUCCCUUCACUGCCUUCCACAUCCUGCCUCCCGAGCCCACCGAGGCCACGAUUAACAGAGGAAAUAUAGAAGAUGAUCUUCCCAUAAAAGCAACUGGGGAACUAUAGGGAAAAAGAAAAUGUCACUUCAGACUGGAAUAGAGCAGCAACCGGGUAUUCUGUGCCCCUGCCCAAAAUUACUUGACUACUUGUGGAAAAGGACUUGAGUUUUCUAUUUCAUCUGAACUCUCAAGCACUUGUAGAGGCUUGUGCUUUGUACCAGCUCUGGCAGCAGUGUAGUUUGUGGCUUCUGUUUCCAUGGAUUUGUGUAGAGCCAGCCGUGCCUCGUGCUGGGUAGGGCUGUAGUUGUGGCCAUCAACAGCAGAGCCAAGCUGUCCUGCAGCCAUCGAUACCAGUGACUCAUCUGGAGUGGUCCUUGGUAUGGAUGCUGUGGGAGCAAGAAGGGCAUUUGUUUUCCUUUCUCUGUUUGAAGCACGAAGAAGGGAAAACCUUCUCUCCCCUUGUUUGCAAAGGAGGUCAGUACUGUAUGUGCUAACGAGUGAGCACUGCUCGGACACUUGUUCCUCGUGCAAAUUGUCCAUCAGAUCCAGCUCUGGGCACCCUUCAGAGCACCCUUCUGCCAUUAACCCAGGAGCAGGGUUUGGCAGAGAGUCAAAGGGAGACAAGUCUGGACAGAUCGAGUUAUUUUGGGGUAGGCACAGAGGAAUUCCUCAGACCACCCCACUUGAGUUAAAUUACAGGCUGCUUCAGCAAGGAUUCCUGUGCACUCUGCGUUCUGUACUCUGCAGCUGCUAAAUGUGGAUGUUUGAGAUUAUUUAUUUAAAAUUCUGUGAAUUGUUUUUCACUUUAUUUUUGUAGGACAACAAUGUUGUU